UUACACAACAUGAUUGGUUGCUCCAUCAUAAUAAUACACUGAACCGGUAAAUUUGCGGACGUCAUUUUCCGAUUUGAUGACACGUAUGAUUAAUCGGAGAUAAAAUUUUACUCAUUAUCUUUCACAAUUGAGCCAAUUGAGCGUUCAUUUGUUUUGCUGUGAUCGGAAUCGGAAUAGCAGUUGUAUCAAAUUUUCGCGGUUGUAUUAGUCAUGUGCACAUCGUUGACAAACGAGAAAUCACAACAUCAGAAAACCACAAUGGAUAAUUUAAAGCAACUUCUCUUCAAAUUACUUUGCUGUAUGGUUGUCCAGUUGCAUUGUAUAUUCGAUUAUGUUAUUGAUAUUCUAUUUGGAAUAUAUUAUGACGGCAAAGAAAAAAAAGUGCCUGCUGUGAAAAACUCCUUAUUGCUGGAGAGUGGAAUAUCAUUAGCAGAAAAAAUAAGGAAUCAAGAAGUUUCUUCUGAGGAUGUGGUUAAAGCUUUCAUAGAGCGCUGUAAAGAGGUUAAUGGACUACUGAAUGCAGUUGUCAUCGAUCGUUACGAGGAAGCCAUAGAAGAAGCCAAAAAUGUUGAUAAAUUACUGCACUCCAAGCCUGACUUGGAAAUUUUGAAGAAAACUAAACCCUUUUUGGGUGUACCCUUCACAACAAAAGAGAGUAACGAAACUGAAGGUUUGCCGCACUCAAUGGGAAUGACGUGUCGAAAAGGACACAUAUCAACAGAAGAUGCGACAGUGGUUAGGUACUUGAAAUCAGCCGGUGGAAUUCUCAUAGCUAAAACGAAUAUACCAGAGAUGAAUCUUUGGGUAGAAUCGCGUAACCACGUUUACGGACAGACGAAUAACCCUUACAACACAACAAGAACAGUAGGAGGAAGCAGCGGUGGAGAAGGAGCGAUUCUAGCGGCUUGUGGUGCUCCGAUUUCUAUCGGUAGCGAUAUCGGUGGAUCGAUAAGAAUGCCAGCUUUUUUCAACGGCGUGUUCGGCCACAAACCGUCCGAAGGUCUUUCCCCACUCAAAGGCAUUGGCAUGAGAUCAGUUGAUUUUUCAUCUUCGAUGGCAGAAGCGGGUCCGAUGUGCAAAAAAGGAGACGAUCUUAUACCUCUGCUCAAAGUUCUUAUCGGAGACAACGUCUCGAAAAUCAAACUCGACACUCCCGUUAACCUCAAGAAUUUAAAUAUUUUUUAUCAGGAAGGCUCCGGCGAUUUGAGAGCCAGCAAAGUGAACAAUGAAAUGAGGCUUGCUCUUACCAGAGCCGUCGAACAUUUCCGUGAACUCACAGGCUCUGCACAAAAAAUAAGAUUACCCGGCUCUGAAUACAGCUUCCGAUUGUGGAGAUACUGGAUGACGAAAGAAGAUGCUGAUUUCAAAUCAGAUAUUAUGAACCGAAAGUCGCGUACGAACGCCGUUGCAGAAAUAAAAAAAUUCCUGACAAACAGAUCGGAAAUCACGUUCGCGGUACUGAUGAAACUCAUGAGUGACGACUUCUUUCCCCAAGAGAAAGAGCAAUGGGCUACGAACGUUACAAAAGCCAUGAAGGAAUUUCUUCUUGAAAAACUCGGUGACAACGGAGUGUUAUUUUAUCCAUCUGCUCCGUUCCCGGCUAGUUAUCACUACUCGUACUUUUUGAGGCCAUUCAAUUUUGGCUACUGGUGUAUCUUCAACGUUCUGAGACUUCCGGUUUGCCAAGUGCCGCUGGGUCUAGAUUCACAAGGAUUGCCAGUUGGUGUUCAGGUCGUUGCAUCACCAUUCAACGAUCAUCUUUGCAUCGCGGUGGCUCGAGAGCUGGAAAAAACAUUCGGUGGUUGGGUACCACCUUCUUAAUAAUCAACACGCUGCCUGGGUCGUUUCGGUUUUCCAUUGAAUCAGCUAAUUUCACAUCUUCGUAGCAAUGAGAUUGGGAUAUUAUAAAAUCGCAUUGUGCUCGCAAAAAAUGUACAUUCAGUUCGUAAUACCGUCAGUCACAGUUCUAGACUAUUUCGUCUCAGAAAUGUAGUGGCAUUUUUUCAUCGAUCUUUCUCCGAAGUUAAUUAUCGCGAAUGAAAUAACUUGUGCGUAUGACAUUUUUGGAUAAUGAAUCUCUACAGUAUUUUUCUAGCUCCAGUAAUUUGCUUCAGAAAGUUUUCGAAAAUACCCUGAGUUUUAAGAGUUACGCACAGAGCGAGCAUUAUUUCGAUUUGUUCUCCCAUCUGCUCUGGAAACCAACAAAACGAGAAACAUCAUUGAUUUUUAAUAGGCAAUUUCACUAAACUAGAUGUGAAGAUUUUUGUUUCUUCUGUCACCGUUUAAUCUACGACAAAGGCGUGUGUACUCGACAGGUUCAAUAAUUGGGAACCUAUCAGGAAGGAGUUUAUCUAAAAAAUGGAACUAGACUUUUCUACUUUAAAUUUGAUCUGAUUAAAAGUUACGAAAGUUCAUUACUUAACUUGGAAUAGUCUGUAUUAUUGAAAUUAAUUAGUUACUGGUGCUGGAUAUCCAAGAGCGUAGUGAAAUGAGCACGAUCAUUGAAUUUUGGUUGUAAUAUUAUUUUUUUACACGUUGUUCCGGGAGUCUCGACUCACAUUCGUUAACGAAUUAAAAAUAAUUUAUUAAGUAAUAAAAGAAUAUAUCGAUUCUUGGAACGUUUCAUUGGAAACAAAAA